CAGGCCAGAAUGCCACCCUUACUACAGACUGCUCUGUUGGUUGUAGUGACCACCUGCAAUUCUCUUGCAUAUUCUGAUAUGACACCAAAUAACAGGACCAUUCCUUGCAGAAUUACAGAAAAUAGCUUUUUUGUCAGCUUUGACUGCAGUGCCCGUCGGUUAAAAAUGGUACCUCAUCCCAUAACAUAUAAUUCUGAUUCUGCGGAGCUUUUGCUGUCUCAAAACCUCAUACUGACAAUAAACAAUGAAUCUUUCUACAGCUGGCAUAACCUUACAAAAAUAGACUUAAACUGGAAUCACUAUCCAAAGUCCAGACUGAACAACACAGAUUUAUGCAAACGAGGGUUAGAAAUAGGAAAUGAAACUUUUUCUUACUUAACAAAACUUGAAGAAUUAUUUAUUGACCACAAUUUUUUAUGCAAAAUACCCCAAGGGAUUCCAAGUACUGUACAAACUUUAAGUUUAAGUUACAAUAAUAUUUUCUCAGUUAAGAAACAAAUCCUAUCCCCUCUCAUAAACCUGAAAAAACUUUUCCUAAAUCAUAAUUGUUACUUUGGCAAUGAAUGUGACCAUGUUGUAGACAUAGAAGAAGGUACAUUUGCAGGUCUUACAGAAUUAACUGUACUAGAUCUAUCAUUUAACAACAUGACCCGUGUUCCUGCUAAACUACCAGCAUCCUUGAAAGAACUUUACCUAAGUAAUAACAAUAUACAAAUUAUUCAUAGCGAUGAUCUUCAGAACCUUAUCAAUUUAGAAGUUCUUUUCUUAAAUGGCAACUGCCCACGGUGUUUUAACGCAAAUUAUCCAUGCAAAAACCUAUGUAAGCAAAUUUCUAUUACUAUAGAUCCUCUUGCUUUUCAGAAUCUUAAAAACUUGACAGAGCUCCAUCUUGGUAGCACUUCCCUAAGAACAAUACCACCAAUAUGGUUUCAAAACACAACUCAGCUGAAAAUCUUGAAUCUUCAGUUAAAUUACUUAGUAAAUGAAAUUGCAUCUGCAGACUUUUUACUUAAUUUGCCAUUUUUAGAAGUACUUGACUUGUCUUUUAAUUAUGAUUUGCGAUCUUAUGCAAAUAACAUAAACAUUUCAAAUCACUUCUCUAAACUAAUAUCCCUUCAGGAGCUGCAUAUACAAGGAUAUGUCUUUAAACAUAUUGCUGCCAAAAAUUUAUCUCCUCUUAUAAAUCUCCCUAAAUUAGCAACCAUAAAUCUUGGAAUAAAUUUUAUAAAGCAGGUUGAUUUUGAAGUUUUCCAAAAUAUUUCAGGACUAAAAUUGAUCUAUUUGUCUGAAAACAGAAUAACACCAUUUUCAGAAACAAACAAACAAUUGUUUGGCGUAUGUAAGGACCAAAGUUAUAGGAUUUCAUCUCCAGGUGUCACUUUCCCAACACAAUCUAAUUUUCAAAUGACCAAAAUCUUCAGUCAUUUAGUAAAACCCCAGUGUAGUUCACGUGGUAAAACAUUAGAUCUCAGCCUAAACAGUAUCUUUUUUAUUGAUCCUGAAGAAUUCCGUUCAUUUUCAGAUGUAUCAUGUUUAAAUUUGUCUUUUAAUAGCAUAGGCCAAGAUUUAAAUGGAACCGAAUUUAUCUACUUGAAAAACUUAACAUAUUUAGAUUUAUCAUUUAAUAAGCUUGAUUUUGAUUCUAUAAAUGCAUUUCAGGAAUUACCUUCUUUAGAAGUGCUAGAUUUGAGCUAUAAUAGCCAUUAUUUCAUAGUCGAUGGUGUGACUCAUCGUCUGAAAUUCAUUGAAAAUCUUCAGUACCUUAAAGUUUUAAAUUUAAGUUGGAACAAAAUAUCAACACUAACUGACUUCCGGCUAACAAGUCAUAGUUUGAAAGAAUUACAAUUUUCAGGAAAUCGCUUGGAUGUAUUGUGGAAAAAUGAAGACAAACGUUAUCAAGAGCUUUUUAAGAAUUUGUAUAACUUAACAUGUCUUGAUAUUUCUUACAACAGGCUUAACAAAAUGACUGAGGUAGAACUGAGUAACUUGCCCUUAAGCCUUACUGAACUGUAUCUAAACAAUAAUAAGUUGGAUUAUUUUGGAUGGAAAGCACUAAAGGCAUAUAAGAAUCUGAAGCAUCUUGACUUAAGUCACAACAAGUUAACAAUGAUUAUGGGAAACCUUUCCAUUCACACAUACUCACUGAGCAGCCUUAUAAUUAGCUACAACAGUAUUUCAAGUUUGCCUGUUGCAUUUCUGCAUAAAUCCAGAAAUCUCUCAGAACUAGAUUUAAGUUUCAAUCAUUUAAAAAGUAUCAACAGUUCAGUUUUCUUGUCUGGUUCUGAGAACUAUUUGACAGUGUUGGGACUGAAAGGAAACCCAUUUGUUUGCACAUGUGAAAUUACUGAUUUUAUAAGCUGGAUCUAUGCAAAUAAUGUCACAAUUCCGCGACUGGCUACUGAUGUCAAUUGUGCCGCUCCUGAAAACAAGAAAGGAAGUGGUAUCAUAUUUUUCGAUGUACAUACAUGUGAUUUAGAUGGUGCUGCAAUGAUACUAUACUUUUUCUCAGUCUUUUUGGUAAUGAGUAUAACUGUUUUACCAAUUUUGAUAAAUGUGUUUUCCUGGGAUCUCUGGUAUGUUUAUCAUUUAUGUGUGGCUAAGCUGAGAUGGCACAAAGUCUGUAAGUCAAAAUGUCUCUAUGAUGUAUUUAUAACAUAUGACAACAAGGACCCAAAUGUGAGUGACUGGAUUUUCAAUGAACUAUGUCAGCACUUGGAAGACAAAGGAGACAAACACAUGUAUCUCUGCUUAGAGGAAAGAGACUGGGAACCAGGAAAAGCCAUCAUUGAUAAUCUUGCACACAGCAUUAAUCAGAGUAAUAAGACAUUAUUUGUCCUUACAAAAAAAUAUGUCAAAAGUGGAAAAUUCAAAACUGCAUUUUAUUUAGCCUUGCAAAAACUCAUGGAUGAGAACAUGGAUGUGAUUGUAAUUGUUCUACUAGAACCUGUGUUACAGAAUUCCCAGUAUUUAAGACUUAGAAGAAAAAUCUGCAAAAGCUCGAUUAUGGAAUGGCCCAAAAAUCCAAAUACAAAAAGUUUUUUUUGGCAAAGGAUGAAAAAUGUUCUGCUAACAGAUAACUGCAAUAGAUACAAUAAUUUUUACACUGAUACUAUUGCAAAUUAGAGGUGUGGUCCACAAUGCACCAGUAUUGUUUAUGCCAUUUUACUUUUCCAUUUUUAAAUAUAUAAAUUUGUUUCUGCAAACCAAACCCUGUUU